AAAAAUAAAGUAACGUAAGCAGAGUGAAGACAUAUAACAAUGACCAAGUCUCAUCGUCUUCAACUCCACUUUUUCUCCUAAUUCCCAUAUCCUUCCAGUUCCCACUCCAAAAAAGAAAAAAAAAUCCCAUUUUUUUCAGUGCCAUGGUCGCUUGCUAAGAACCCUUUUCCAUUGUUUUUUUUUGCGAAGCAGUGCGAAAAAAUGCCUCCAAGAAGACGUCCGAAAAAGAAAUCUAAUACGAGAAAGGAUGCUGCCAUUGAUGCAAUGAAGCCAUAUGGGUUUCCUGUAGACGUUGUUCAAACAACCAUAAAGGAUUUGCUAAAUGUUUAUGGGGAAGAUGGGUGGCCAUUCAUUGAAGAUUCUGCUUACAAGGUUUUACUUGAAGCCAUACUUGAAAAGGUAACCGGAGAAGGAACAAGUGAUCCUAAGGAACCAGUUGCUGAGACCUCAAGUAGAACUGCUGUUUUACCUAUAUGCUCUGAUGUGAGUCCACUUAACACUGAAUCCCAAGCCAGCAAUGGCUUUGACGGUGCAUCAGAGUUGAAUAAAACUUUGUGUAUACCGAAACCGACAAAUGAAUCCGGUAACUCUCUCCUACCAGUUGAAGCCGAAGGCUGUAGCAAAAGAGAUGUUACAUAUCCUUGUGGUAACAACCACUCUACUCCACUUCAUUGUCACAACUCACCACCACUGCAAGGUGAUAGCUUGACCACAAAGCGCAGGCCUUACAAUGGCUGGAUUUGCAGUGACGAUGAAGAAGAUAUCGUGGAGCUAACACCAGGACCAAUAGCUGAAGAAAUGGAAAACUUUCUUAAAAGUUUCAUGGUGCACAAGAAAAGAUGGGAUAUAAAGCCUGAUGAUAUGUAACAAUGUUGUAAACUGUAAAUUAUCUCAGAUGAAAAGCUUAUAUGUGUUCCUUUUGAUCCCAAUCAAAUAGUAUUUUAGGUCGUAGGUUUUGAUGCAUUAAAUACUUGGAGGGUUCAUAUAUCAUUCGGUAAAGAGAUUGGAUUCAAUAUAUAUUCUUUUGCCUGCCCUUUUCUCCCUUUGGAUUAGACUCAUGUACAUUGAUGUGUAUGGCUCAAUGAAUUGAUAAAUCUAAGCACAACAAUUAUAUCAAAA